AUGGCUUCAAUAGACCCAGAGAAGUCGGCUCACGAGCAGCAGUUUCAUGCUUCUACUGUAAAGAGAGCUGACGAUAUUUCUCCGGCGUCUUCAACACAUGCCGAUGAGGCAUAUGAGCUCUACAAGAAUGGAAAAGGAUUGGACAUUGAUCCUGCCGAGUACAAAAGAGUCCUUCGAAAGAUUGAUUUCCGCAUUAUACCUAUUUUGUUUGUUACCUAUAUGCUUCAGUAUCUUGACAAAAACUCGAUCAAUUUUGCCAGCGUAUAUGGAUUGAAAAAGGGAACACAUCUACAGGGACAAGAUUAUUCAUGGCUCGGCUCGAUCUUUUACUUCGGAUACCUCUUUGCACAAUUUCCAGCAGGGUACUUACUUCAGCGUCUUCCAAUUGGGAAAUUCUUGAGUCUUGCAACGAUCGGAUGGGGGAUAGUACUUAUUACUACACCGGCUUGCACAUCUUUCGCGGGGAUAGCUACGAAUCGGUUCUUGCUCGGUGCAAUUGAGGCGACUGUGAAUCCAGGCUUCGUACUUAUAAUGAGCAUGUGGUACACAAGUGCGGAACAACCUUUACGGCUUGAGAUUUAUUACUGUACCAAUGGAAUUGCCACUAUGUUUGGCGGCUUAAUCGGCUACGCGGUGGGCCAUAUCACAACCGGUCUCGCGAAAUGGAUGUACGUCUUUUUGAUAUUCGGAUCGGUCUCAAUUGCCUGGGGUAUUGUCUCCCUCAUCUUCCUUCCAGAUCUUCCGUCCACCACCAAAUUCCUCACCGAAUCCGAACGUCUUGUAGCCGUUGCUCGCGUCGCGGCAAACCGUCAAGGUGUUAAGAACCACCACUUCUCCAAAUACCAAGCAUGGCAGACUGUUAAAGAUCCGAAGACAUGGAUUCUUUUCGUAAUGGCAACAGGAGCGCAAGUACCAAAUUCUGCGUUGACUAGUUUCACAAGCAUAAUCGUCGGAUCAUUUGGCUUCGACACUCUUGGUACGCAAUAUCUGCAAAUUCCAGGUGGAGCAGUUCAAUUUCUUGCACUUAUCGCUGGUGGCUUUGUUUGCACCAAAUGGCCAAACAACACACGCUGUCUGACCAUGAUAUUCGCCAAUAGCGUCUGCAUUAUCGGGGCUGGUUUACUCGUAGGUCUUCCGACUGAUAAUAAAUGGGGACGUCUCGUGGCUCUCUGGUUAUGUUACUUCCAGGGUCUAGGAUUCAGUCUCAGUCUCACAAUGGUGAGUAGUAAUGUCGCCGGUUACACCAAGAAACAACUCACUGGAGCGGUUCUGUUUACUGGAUAUUGUGUUGGAAACAUCAUUGGUCCACAAACAUUUAUUGAUAAGGAAGCUCCAAAAUAUCACAGCGCCUACAUUGCGAUGCUGGUGGGCUAUACUGUAAAGCUUGCGAUGGUCAUUGUUUUAUAUAUCUACAUGUGGUCGGUGAAUAAAAGCAGAGAUAGAGCGCAAGCUGAAGGUGGAGUACUUAGUGAAGAGGAAGAAAGAGAGGCUGUUGAAAAGGGAAUGUUGGAUGUCACAGAAAUUGACAACAAAGGUUUUAGGCAAUCUCAGUCGGUAAUUAUUUUAAACUUAACACCAGGUCGAAAAGCCACAGAUCACAAAGACACAGGCAGGCGGCCUGACAGACGUAUUGCGACUAUGGUGAACUCAAUCGCACUUAGUGUCUUACGCGGGAUCGUAUAUCCUGGAUAUGCUGAAGAAACGACAGGCGCUACAACCUCUCCCAGUGAAGAAAUCGCGCCUGGUUAUGCAGAAGGCCGAGAUGGCACCAACAAUCGGUGUAACAAAGACGAAACUGCAGUCUCCGAGGUGUCCGAGGAUGAUAGCAGAGAUGGAGAAAUACUGCAAGAAUUCUUGCCGUUCCCACGACUUCCGGGCGAACUACGAAUCAUGAUUUGCGAAGUGGCUAUCUAUGCACUUCCUGGUCAAGUCAGACACUUUCCAUCUAUUAAGAAUCCUCCUUCGUGGUUGUUCGAGGAAAGACCGCUCGCAUUAUCCGAGGCUGAGAUCAAUCCAUACAACGAUAUUCUCUGGCUGGAGGAUCCUCAUGACUUCAGAAGAAUUGUUUGGGCUUCACCGGGGAAGCUUCGAGAUACCGUUAAGCAGAUACGAAGUAUUGGAUUUCAUGAGGACAACCACGGUGGCUGGUUUCCCGAUGCUGAAGAUCCUGGGCUUAAUAUUCGGGAUUCUCACCUGCCUCUUCUUCAAGAUAUCUUUCCUAGUAUGCAGACCAUUUGGGUGGUUCCCGCGAACCAAGCCCUUUGGUCGACACCUACAGCUGCGCCUUGGUUCUCACAAAAUGAUUUUACUCAUGGCGAGCUUUCCGGUGAUUUGAGUAUCCUCACCUUUGCUAUCCUCACCUUUGCAUCAUUUGCCGCUUCUAUUGGACAAAAUGCGCAAGACUAUGCCCUUCAAGCCGCGAACCAGCAAUAUGGCAGUCACUCGUCGUAUUACGCGUUUUCUAAUGGAAACACAAGACCAUUCGACCAAAACAGUCAAGUCCCUCGAACACAAACGAAUCCAUUUCUGACGUCUAAUUUUUUCAACAUGCCGCCGAGUAUGCAAGCAAAUGAAUUUCCACCUACCAACCAGUUUACUGUUCACGGUACUCAGACGCCAUACCACGAAUCUCCUCAACAGACGUAUCGAUCGUUUGAUCCUCACGCUCCCUUGACACUCGAGCAACAGCAAUAUCUCCAUGCACAGUUCGCUGUGACCAGGGCAGCCCUUUCGAGCGUUGGGACACACCCACAGCAGAGAUACAGUCAAGUCAACCCCACUCACUGGAAUCAACCACCAAACAAUCAAUUUGGCGAACCGCUCAGCCUGCCACCCACGAUCCUAGCACCUCCUGUUCUUCCCAAGAUGUUUCGUCCAGAAAAUAUUGUGGAAACAUUUACACUCGUCCCCAAUCAAUCAAAAUCCGACUUUGAAGAGAUACUGGUCACCCGCACAAAAGUUAUGGGGUCGGCGGAGCCAGGUCCCAAAGCUCUCAUUUCAUUCCAUCUCUUUCCACGCCUGCCUGUCGAAAUCCGAAUGCGAAUCUUCGUUACAGCACUAUCUAACAUUCCUGGUAAACACAUUCAGCUUGUCGCCAUUCAGAGCCCCACGACAGAGACUUCAUUCUUCAAUCCAGCGAACCCACCUUGUCCCAUCCGCCAAGUCUGUAAAGAAGCUCGCUAUGGUCUCUUCAACGAUUGCAUUCAAAUCAAUAAUAUCCAAGAUUGGAAAGGUAUAACCAGACCCAUCGCAUUCAACCCGGACAAGGACUGUUUGGUUUUCGACUGUGAUGUUGGAGUUGACAAGUUGCUACAAUUCGCCGAAAUCGUAGGCGUCGAAACUGCUCAGAAAAUUCAAAAGAUCUGCAACAUAACGAAUCAACAUAAGUUUGUUCCAUUUAAUACUGAAGCCGAAUCCGUCAAGCUAUGCAAGGUUCUCGCUGCUUUUCAAAGCUUGCGAGAGUUGCAGGUCUUACUAUCCGGCAGUUUAGUACCAACCAGUAUUUUUGUGGAUGGCCAGCUUUGGGACUGGAGGCUGGGAAGGAAAGGGUAUAGAGUGGAAGAGGUUAGCAUGCCACAGGGGAUGGUGAAGGCUAUGCAGACGCACACGACCUUCAAAUUCAUGGAAGCUAGGCAGUAUGCGUUGAGUAAAUCAUGGGAAACAUGUAAUGGCGUACCGAAGGUCGUGAUGAUGGACUUGAUUAAGGAAAGCGAUCCUGUGCCGAUGAGUUAUGAUAGUUUUACCAACUAUUAA